AAAUUUUAUUCGAGAUUUUUCUCUCUAUAAAAGGCACAAGUGAUAAACUAAGCAUAUUCUCAAACUCUUAUAAUAAAUAAUAGACAAAAACCCUCUCAUUUCUUAAUACAUAUAUUUAAAUGGCUGAUCAAGAAGAAGGUAUUGAUGAUUAUACAGAAGAUGGUACUGUUGAUCUUAAGGGAAACCCAAUUUUAAGAUCCAAAAGAGGUGGAUGGAAAGCUUGUUCUUUUGUUGUUGUAUACGAGGUGUUUGAAAGAAUGGCAUAUUAUGGGAUACAGUCAAAUUUGAUAAUAUAUUUGACUGAGAAGUUGCAUCAAGGCACAGUCACAGCUUCAAACAACGUCACUAAUUGGAUUGGAGCCAUUUGGUUGACUCCUAUUUUGGGUGCUUACAUUGCCGAUGCUCACCUCGGUCGAUACCCCACCUUCAUUAUUUCUUCCUCCAUCUAUUUCACGGGAAUGGUGAUUCUAACUCUAUCGGUUUCAAUUCCGUCGCUAAAACCCCCUCCUUGCCUAGACCCUAACUUGAACAAUUGCAAGAAGGCUUCUACCUUACAACUAGCAGUGUUUUACGGCGCACUCUACACACUAGCCUUAGGAACUGGCGGCACCAAACCGAACAUUUCGACGAUUGGGGCCGACCAAUUCGACGAUUUCCAUCCAAAGGAGAAGAAGCAAAAGCUUUCCUUCUUCAAUUGGUGGAUGUUUAGCAUCUUCUUUGGUACAUUUUUUGCUAACACAGUUCUUGUUUGGUUACAAGAUAAUAUUGGUUGGACACUUGGAUAUGCUCUCCCAACUCUUGGGCUUGCUAUUUCUAUUGGCAUAUUUUUGUCUGGUACACCAUUCUAUAGACAUAAAGUUCCAACAGGAAGCCCAUUUGUGAAAAUGGCCCAAGUCAUUAUAGCUGCCAUGAGGAAAUGGAAGGUACCAAUUCCUCAUGAUCUUAAUGAACUUUAUGAGCUUGAUUUGGAAGUGUAUGAAAAGAAGGGGAAGUAUAGAAUUGAUCCCACACCAUCCUUAAGGUGCCUUACCAAAGCUUCAGUGAAAACAGGCUCAUUAAGUCCAUGGCAACUAUGUUCAGUAACUAAUGUGGAAGAAACCAAACAAAUGGUACGAAUGUUACCAAUAUUGAUAGCAACAUUCGUUCCAAGCAUUAUGCUUGCUCAAGUAAACACCCUAUUUGUCAAGCAAGGAACAACUUUACAAAGACACAUACGCAACUUUGAAAUCCCACCAGCAAGUCUAAUUGGUUUCGUAACCUUAUCUAUGCUCAUCAGUGUUGUUCUCUACGAUUGGUACUUUGUCAAGAUCAUUCAAAAAUGGACCAAAAACCCUAGAGGAAUCACACUCCUCCAAAGAAUGGGAAUCGGAAUGAUCUUUCACAUCAUACUUAUGUCUACAGCCUCUCUUAUUGAGAGACAUAGAUUAAGUGUUGCAAGAGAAUAUGGUGUUGUUGAAAAUGGAGGACAAGUUCCACUCUCAAUCUUUAUUUUGUUACCUCAAUUCGUCCUUAUGGGCAUUGCCGACGCCUUUUUGGAGGUGGCGAAAAUCGAGUUUUUCUAUGAUCAAGCACCGGAGAAUAUGAAAAGCCUUGGAACUUCUUAUGCCAUGACUACUUUAGGUGUUGGAAGCUUUCUUAGUAGUUUUCUACUUUCAACGGUUUCUAAUAUUACCAAGAGGAAUGGUCAUCAUGGGUGGAUUCUCAACAACCUAAAUGAUUCACAUCUUGACUAUUACUAUGCUUUUUUUGCAAUGUUGAGUUUUGUUAACUUCAUUUGCUUUUUGUUUAUUUCUAAGUAUUAUGUCUAUAAGGCUGAAGUUUCAGAUUCUAUUCAUGUACUCACACAACAACUAAAAGGGACUAGGAGCCCAAGUAAUCAUGAUGAUUCCUAGAUAUGAUCAAUACUUAGGAAACUUUGUUAGUUUGUUAGUUUUUAAUUAAAUCAUAUAUAGAGAGAAGAGAGAGGUUCCAUAUCUAAUAUGUUAUUAAAUGAUUAUAUAUGUAAUGUAGCCCUUGUUUUUGUUUUCCUAAAUGAAAAAGUUUUUACAUAUUACUAAAUUUAA